AUAACCAAAAACGGUCCAAACACCACACAUCGAUCUAGAUUUCAGCACAGAGUUGAUCCCGUUAAGACUCUCUGAACUUCCGACGACAAUCACCGGAAUUCCAUUCCGGCUAUGAGGAGCACCGUCGUCUCCAAAUUCUUGAAGAAGAAAACGUCAUUCUACCUUUUCAUCAUCUCCGGCACCGGCGCCUCCGCUCUUACUUACUACAAUACUCUAAACCCUAACCGCAACCGACACUCUCUUCUCGACGUCAUCACUACGUCAUUCAACGGCGUCCUUCGGUCCUCUCGAUCUCUCUAUACCAUUACUGCGAAUGUUGUUGAUUACAAGUACUCGUUGCAAGGAUUAUUGAAGGAUACAGAUGAAUAUGCACAAGUGUUAUCCGAGGUUCAUUUGAGAUCAGCUAAGAGGAUAUUGAAACUAUGUGAGGUGAACCAAGGGUUUUAUAUUAAGGCUGGUCAGUUUGUAGCGUCUGUACGCCAAGUCCCCAAAGAAUACUCUUCUACUCUUGCUUCAUUGCAGGAUCAGGCAGUUCCAUGUUCUUUCGAAGCUGUAAAAGAAGUCUUAAUCAGCAAUCUUGGAUCCGAUCUGAAUGAGAUUUUUAUUUCUAUCGAUGAACAACCUAUUGCUGCUGCAUCCAUUGCUCAAGUGCACCGUGCAUUACUCAAAGACCAUCAAGAAGUAGUGCUUAAGAUCCAAUAUCCAGGGUUGAAGAAUAGGAUGAAAAUGGACAUAGCAACAAUGUCUUUACUUGCCAAAUGUGUCACAUGGUUUUUUCCUGAAUACAGGUUUCAGUGGAUGGUAUCAGAAUUUUCGAAGGUCAUUGCUUUGGAACUUGAUUUCCUACAAGAGGCAAGAAAUUCAGUAACAACUGCUGUAAACUUCAAACACAAUAACAGAAUCAGAGUCCCUAAGGUUUUUCAGGAACUUACCACUAGCCAGGUGUUGACGAUGGAAUAUUGCACGGGACGAAGGGUAGAUGAUUUGGAUUAUAUCCGGGAAAUGGGAAUCGAUCCAAGAAAGGUUGCAAAAGUGUUGGUGGAAGCUUUUGCUGAAAUGAUAUUUGUCCAUGGUUUUGUGCAUGGAGAUCCACAUCCCGGUAACAUAUUGGUUUCCUUGGAUGAAAAACAAGGGUUUCGUUUAGUUCUCCUGGAUCAUGGGAUCUACAAAACUUUAGAUGAAGAAUUUAGAGUCAACUACUGCCAACUUUGGAAAGCAUUGGUUCUUUUAGAUUCACAUAAGAUCCAACAAGUAGCCCAACACUUUGGCAUAGGGAAAUACGCUAAAUAUCUUUCCCUUAUAUUCACAGGAAGAACAAUCAACAGUAGAUCCGCUUUUGGGGAGGGAAUGUCUGUUGAAGAGAAAACAAAUCUGAAACAGGAAGUGAAGUCACUUAGUAUGGGGGAUGUAUCAGAAUUUAUGGAAUCUUUACCCUCGGAAUUUCUUACUGUAUUGCGUACAGAUGCACUCGUCAGGUCUUUAACUAGCAAGUUAGGUUCUUCCCAACGCGAGCGACUGGUAGUUUAUGCAAAUUAUGCAUUGCACGGACUAUCUUUAAAGCCAGAUUCCGAUUCUGAUUUUGUGUCGAACGGUGUACGCACCAGAAUCAUGUCGAGAAUUGGUCAUCUCCAAGUCAGGCUCGUGCUCGAGUUAUUGCAGCUGUUGUGGUGGGUGAGGGAUACAAGACAAGCGCUCAUUACUUGGUCAAAGCAAAUUACCCGACUUGUCAACCACCAUCACACUCCGAUUUCAGUUAUCAGCUGAAAUAAUAUAAACUUGCAUUCAUUCAUGGACAGUUUCAUAAAAUUUGUCAAGGUAACAGAGAUGUUCAAUUGAGAAUUUGAGAUUGAUUGAUUGUAUAUUACAAUCUAGGAGUUGUAUAAAAAGUCAAUAUGAAACCUUAUUUUCAA